AUGGUGAAUCCAAAAGUUCAAAAUCGAGUCGAGCCAAAAGAGACGGCAAUCGAUGAACCGGAAAUGCUGCCGAUUGAUGGGAUAGUGAAAGAGAUUGGAGUGACUCCGUUAAAGACUACAGUCAUCACGAAAUCCUCCGUUUCCUACAAUCAUCCAAAUGCUCAAACGAUUCAGCCAGCAAAAGAACACAAAGGGAAUCCAGUGUUCUCCGCU